AUGCUCAAAGAGUGCUGUCAUGAGGUGGACUGUCAGUGGGGAGGACGUGGAACUGUUCAUGGAAAAUGUGGUAACUACAGCUUGAUUGUCUCUGAACAUGGCUCCACUCCCGGAUUGCCACCGCCCUCCGCCAGCCCAUCCUCUCUUACAAUACCGUCUGACAGCCCGCCGCCUUCCACUCUUCAACCUUCACCAUCUACCACUUCAUUCACCAACGCUCCUGUUCCCACAGUUCAAAUUUGUAAUACACGAGCUGGGCAUGAGCAAGCAGCCAGAGACACGAUCAGCAAGAUUCUAGAAGAUCAAUUCUGCCCUGAUGCAGUGAAACUGCAACGCUCAGUUUCAUGGGUCUACAAUGUAGAUACUACGCAGAAGGUCGAAAUUGGAGUUUUCUCAGUUGAUAAAUCUGCUUUCCUGAUGAACAUUGAUGACUGUCUGCAAUUUCUACGUGACAUGGCUCUAAACGGUUGCAUCGCAAAUGAUCAGCAUCCAAAGAACUUCAAGGGUGAAGGUCUGGUUCAAACAAACAGUAUGGCUUAUUAUAUUAAUCUCGAUUUCGAAAAUUCCGAGGGACCAUGCCGCGCGCCACACUCAGACGAUUUUCAUGAAUUUUCUAUACAUGGCAAUGGCUGGGGUAAUGCUGACUUCCGCAAUUCCGAUUUGGGCAGAAUGUUGAACCUUAAACCAACAGAAUGUUCUACACAAUUGGAACAAGGAACCUUCUUUUGUGAUGUUGCACAUCACGGUGACUACUAUAGUUAUUCUGUAUUUGGGACUGGCUGGGCAAAUUCAAGCUGGGCCAAACGAAUGGAGGUUAUACUGAAGGGGCUUAAAUUGAUUCCUGAUACAUAUUCAUUUGCUUACGGUGUUCUCAAGUUGAUCUUUGUUACCUUUUCAUGCAAGAUUGUGGCAUUCCUUGAAAGUUCGACUUCAUCAGCAUUCUUCCGAGUCGACUGA